AUGCCUCGUACUAAAACUAACUCGCUUAUACUCUCAGACCUCCAGGGAAGUAUAGCGAGCGAUCCCCAGGAAGUUGCCAAGGCUCUCGCAGAUGCUGGCUUCCAAUCAGAGCUAGUCUUUCUCCCGAGAUUCAAACGUUACAUUGUAAUAUGUCUAACCAAAGAUAUGUCAGAGAAGGCAAAACACUUUUUGGAACAGCAAUUUGAAGGAGCGGCCAAAGUAUCGUAUAGCUUACGUGAUAACCCGCUGCUGAUGCCCUUUGAUGGCACCUGGGCUCUCAAACUGGAGACUACAGACUACUUAGAACUUCCGCUGGAGGAAGGGAGCAAAAGAUUCCUCAUUCUGCCGCCUUUAUCCCCUCAAAGCGAGUGGGAUGACUACGGAAAAACGGAAGAAGGCCCGAACAAAAAAGCAAUCUACUCGCCGGACGAGUUGGCGCACCUUCUUUGGGAUAGGUUGGGCGGAUUUGAGAGCACCCAGGUGAGACGCUUUGAGGUCGAGGAGGAGAGACCUGAAGAUGUACUCGCUACAGAAAAGCCUAUUUUUGACAUUGCCGGGCUGGAAGAGAUAUUGUUCGAGGAUAUUCCAGCGGGACUACCUGCCAUAGUUGUUGAUAAAGUCAGCAAUAGAGCGCCACAGAUCAGACGAGCAAUGCCGAAAACAGCAAUUCCGCCGAAAUUAGAUUAA